AACCCAACUCAGUUAGUUAACGCACACAGAAAUGUCGACGCCAAAUUUUCUUUUAAGCAAUGGCAAAAAUAUGCCAAUGGUCGGACUGGGCACAUGGCGUAGUCCGCCGGAAGUCAUAACACAAGCAGUAAGGGAUGCGAUUGAUAUUGGUUAUCGUCACUUCGAUUGUGCUCACAUUUAUGGAAAUGAAGCUCAAGUUGGCACUGCCAUUAAUGAGAAACUCAAAGAAGGAGGUGUGACACGAGAUCAACUGUUUAUAACAAGCAAGCUCUGGAAUACCCACCACAGACCUGAUUUGGUGCGGCCAGCGUGCGAGACGAGCUUGAGGAAUCUCGGAGUGAAUUAUCUGGAUUUGUACCUGAUGCAUUGGCCAAUGGCAUACAAGUCCGGAGAUAAUCUAUAUCCCACUUGUCCCGACACUGGCAAGGCCGUUUUCGAUAACAUCGAUUUCGUGGACACGUGGAAGGCGAUGGAGGAAUUGGUGGAAAGUGGACUAUGUCAAGCGAUUGGAGUAUCCAAUUUUAAUGAACAGCAAAUCAAUCGAUUGCUGAGCAUGGCCAAACUAAAACCAGUCGUACUCCAAAUCGAAUGUCAUCCAUAUCUUCGACAAAAAUCUUUAAUCACACUCUGCUACGAUAAUGCCAUUGCCGUGACAGCUUAUAGUUCGCUGGGAUCAGCCCACACGCCCUACGAGAAGCCCGGUGCCUAUCCGCUUUUGAAACAUCCAGUUAUACUGGAAAUCGCCGCCAAGUAUGAUCGUAAUCCUGCCCAAGUGCUAUUGCGCUAUCAGACGCAGUCGGGAAUUAUUGUAAUACCCCGAUCUGUGAGCAAACAUCAUAUGUACGAGAACUUUAAAAAGAUCUGGGACUUUGGAUUAGAUAAUGAUGAUUUGCAGGCUAUCGAUGAUCUUGAUUGUAAUGGUCGCUUCAUGACUAUGAAAGCUGCUUAUGGACAUCCUCAUCAUCCAUUCGAAAUUGAAGCUCCACAGCAAGCAUAAAACUUUAUUCAAGUGUUUCAAAGAAAUUCGCAUAUGUACUUGUGUCUAUAUUAUAGAGGCUAUACAUGUAAUUCUUAACUGAUUUAAGCUAGUCAUAUCCCACAAUAAAUGGCUUAAUUAACUUCAA